AUGUCUGCGUCAGGGGCUGACAAUCAGGUUGGGUCGCAAGCCCUCUCACUUCCAGACCUUUCUGGGGUAGUCCCUACCUCUACAGAAGCAAGAGCGAAGCGUCGCAUUGCUGCAUUGGAAGAGGAGCUGGAAAACAUGAGGCAAGAGAGAGGAAUCAAGCAGAGAAAGACGACUUACUAUGUUGCUCAAGGUAGAGCGAUUCGUCGGAUGGUCGUGCUCUAUACCAGCUUGGAAGACUUGGUUGCCGAGAACGAUCACAGAUACAAGGAGGGGAGCCCGGAGGAUAAUACCACAGACUCAUUUCUAUUGUUCAGACAAGAUCGCCUGCAGCGUGGUUACAUUGUACUCGCACAGGUUCUGCCAUGGCUACAUGCAAAACUUGGACAACUUGAUAUCGACGAAUGUCAAGAUAUGCUGAAACAGCUCAAAAGAGGAGCGGAUGCGGCCCGUGGAGACGAUACAUCCACUCUCAAAGACCUUGUCGCUUCCUGGGUUAAUCAAGACUUUCGACCAUCUUCUCUACUAAAGUCGGAUGACAAGCAGAUGCGCGGCUUUGUACACAACAUUUGUGGGAACUUACUCUGCCCUUCAGAGUGGGACUGGGGUGAUAACACGGUGAAAGCUGGGAUUCGUGACAGAAUGGUAGACUACAUCGUAUCGGAAAACUCCUGGCCACUAUUUUUGUACGAGAAAUACAUGGUCAACUAUGGCAACCUCAAGCAAGGCCUCUUCAAGUCCAAGAUUCUGGUUCAAGCUUUCAAAGCUAUAUUCACAUCACCCUCUUCCACAAGAGAGGCUGACGGUGACGGUGACGGAGCUGACAUCCUCGAAAACAACAGGCGUGCCCGGCGACAAUUAAAUCAGGCCAAGGUUAAAACUUGCGUUCAUUUCGCACUGUCCAACAUCUCAUCUUGGCGCACCAUUGAUGGUGACUUCGACUAUGAAGGAUUCUGGAACAACAUGGUAGACUUUUUCGAAGAUGUCCCAGGACCCGUCGCACAACGUAGGGUGAACCUACUUCUCGAAUGGUGGACCAGGAAGGUUUUUGGAAACAACCAUCGUCAGGACCUAACGCCAGAAGUCAUAUCUCAUAUGUCUGUUACCGCACUCGCCCAACAGAGAAAGGAGCUGGAGGAUGCUAUUUUCGACUCGGAAUAA